ACAGUAUGAGAGAAGAUUCUCUAAGCUUCCAUGAGACCGUGUUUUAUACUUCUCCCCUGUGUGUUUCCAACUUCCUAACAAUUAGAUACAGGAGUAUUCAUUGAAAAACAAAACUGUUCUCCUCACUUCUCAGACCACCUAGUGGCUUUUCAAGAAGGAUAUAGAAUAUGUAAAAUUAUGCAACUGUAAAAAAUUUUAAUAAGAAUUUAAUAGCAUGCUGAUUUCAGUGCUUCGAUUAAUUACCUCCCUUGGAAAUCCACUCUUAUUUUCUCCCCAGGUAGUUGAAGAAGAAAAAAUAUGAUACAAUGGAGCAGGGAAAUUACACCAGAGUGAAAGAAUUUAUUUUUCAAGGACUGACCCAGUCCCGAGAGCUGAGUUUGCUCUUAUUUCCUUUGUUAUUUUUGGUGUACAUGUCAACUGUGAUGGGAAACGUCCUCAUCAUGGUCACUGUUACCUGUGAGUCCCGCCUUCACACCCCCAUGUACUUCCUGCUCCGCAAUCUCUCAGUCUUGGACAUCUGCUUCUCCUCCAUCACUGCUCCCAAGGUCCUCGUGGACCUUCUGUCAAGGACAAAGACCAUCUCUUUCAAUGGUUGCAUCACUCAGAUGUUCUUCUUCCACCUUCUCGGUGGGGCAGACAUUUUUUCUCUCUCUGUCAUGGCCUUUGAUCGCUACAUGGCCAUCUCCAAGCCUCUGCACUACGUGACCAUCAUGAGUAGGGGGCGAUGCACUGUCCUCAUUGUGGCCUCCUGGGUGGGGGGCUUUGUCCACUCCAUCGUGCAGAUUUCCCUGUUGCUGCCCCUCCCCUUCUGUGGACCCAAUGUCGUUGAUGGCUUCUACUGCGAUGUCCCCCAGGUCCUCAAACUCGCCUGCACCAACACCUUUGCUCUUGAGGUCUUAAUGAUUUCCAACAAUGGUUUGAUCUCUACACUAUGGUUUGUCUUCCUUCUUGUGUCCUACACAGUCAUCUUGAUGAUGCUGAGGACUCACGCUGGGGAGGGCAGAAGGAAAGCCAUCUCUACCUGCACCUCCCACAUCACUGUGGUGACCCUGCAUUUUGUGCCCUGCAUCUAUGUCUAUGCCCGGCCCUUCACUGCCCUCCCCAUGGACAGAGCCGUCUCCAUCACCUUCACGGUCAUCAUCCCUGUCCUGAACCCCAUGAUCUACACCCUGAGGAACCAGGAGAUGAAGUCAUCCAUGAGGAGACUGAGGAGAAGACUUGGACCUUCCAAAAAAGAAUAGAUGCUAUGAAAUCUAGAUUGAAAGUGAAAACUGAAAAAUAUUUCCUCACAACACAGUAGAAGACCAUCUUGAGACCGAAGGUCUCCCUUUGUCCCUCAGCAGCAUCCUUUAAUAAGGGUGGCCUGAAAUAAUCUUUUCUGAAAGGUUUUAUCUUGGUGAGAUUGUUGACAACUAAGAGUCUCAGACCCAUAAAUCAUCAGCUCUUAAUGAGACUCCAAAGAUUACAUCACCCAAACACCUCAGGUGAGCUUUACAGGUGAGGAAAUAAGGUCUGAGAGAAAGUUACCUCUCACAACCCAGGGAUCAAGAGUCACAUAAUCUUCCCACUGAGCCAGCCAGGCACCCUAAGACUAUGAAGCUGAGGUAAGUUUCAUGCUUUAUCAAAGUUUCCCUAGCUAAUGAAUGGCAGAGGCAUGGCUAGAUCUGAGAUAUCUGAGCCUCAGCUAAGUGCAUGUUUCACUAGUCCUGCUGCCUCAUACUGGAUUUUCUAAGGUCUGAAAUAAGCUCAUCCAUAAAAAUUUCUCCUCUAUUGUCGUAUUACGAAAGGUGCUUGCAUGUCUUCAUCGGACCAAGGAGUAGAUACCUUAGGCUUCAGGCCCCUCUAAGAAUUUCAACAUCAUUUUCCAGCCAUUCAUUCCCAGCCAGCCCUCCAGAGAAAGGAAUCCUAUCCUGUGCCCAUUGCUGGAAUGUGCCUGACUCAAGUCCACAAGAAGCAAAGGCUGAAGAAUAAAUGACUUUUCAUUAUCUAGGCUU